AUGCAUGGCGUCAUGCAGGCACACGGGGGAAAAUGCAUGGUCUUCCCAUAUUCGGCGCAUAUGGAGCAAUAUGGUGUGCAUACUGGCCUUGCAUGUAUACUCUACGGCAUGUAUGGGGAGCAUAACGUGGGUCGCAAACGUCGCAUUCUGUCGUGUAUGUAUGCACAGCAACUGAUGUCAGUCACGGCCACGCUCGCCUAUGUACUCCAUACUUGGCUUGGACGGCGCCGUCUCCUCCGUACGCCUCGUGGAGUUUCAAAGCACAGAGCCCAGGGAACUGUCUCUGAGCUUGUUCGUGGCUGGGCGAGUUCUGGAGCAGAGAAAAGCAGGGCAAGGGCACAGAACCCUGCCGUCGAAGGUUGUCGAACUGGUGACGAUAUGGAAGCUACCGGGAAGGAGAUGAGGACUGGACUCAGACUCGGCCGAUUUGGUGGUGGUGAUCAUGAUGAAGAUGCCUGCUAG